AUGCUAUUUUUCAGCUUCUUCAAGACUUUGGUGGACCAUGAGGUCACCGUCGAGCUCAAGAACGACAUUCAAAUCCGUGGAACCCUGAAAUCGGUCGAUCAAUACCUGAAUAUCAAGCUCGAUGACAUAUCGGUGGUAGAAGAGCUGAAGUACCCACAUCUGUCUUCCGUUAAGAAUGUCUUUAUUCGAGGCAGUGUGGUCAGAUAUGUACACCUGCCAGGUGGCGCGGUAGAUACGGCACUGUUGGAGGAUGCAACCCGAAGAGAGGCUGCGCAGCAGGCGACCAAAGGGAAAUGA